UUUGACCCAGGAAGUUGUUGUCUGGCUGGUUUAUGCCGUCACAGGCCGAGCCGAGCGGCCUCGGUGACGGAGUUGUGUAGCCGGGGCAGGAGGAGCAGGUUCAGCGGCGGCGGCGGCAGCAGCAGCGGGGACCGCGGCGACCAGAUAUUGUGCUAAAGAAUGGAUAUCGUUCAUGUUCCACUUCCAUCAAGCAGCACAAUGCUGUCAUCGAAUUUUGCCCAUGUGAUCUUUCAAAAUGUGGCAAAAAGUUAUCUCCCUCAAUGUCCACUUGAGUGCCAUUACACGCUGACUCCAUACAUUAAGCCCCAUCAAAAGGACUGGGUUGGCAUCUUCCGGGUUGGCUGGAGCACCGCUCGUGACUACUAUACAUUUCUGUGGUCUCAAGUACCAGAAGAUUAUGUGGAAGGAAUUUUGUAUACUCGUCUUGUGGUUUUCCAAGGUUAUUAUCUUCCCAAUGAUGAUGGAGAGUUUUAUCAGUUCUGCUAUGUAACACACAAGGGGGAAAUCCGAGGUGCAAGUACACCUUUCCAGUUCCGUGUGCCGUCACCCAUUGAUGAUCUGCUUACCAUAGAAGAUGACACAAACUCUGACAUGCUCGUGGUAACAACAAAAACAAAUUUUCUUGAGCAAAAGAUUGAAAUGUUGCUCAAAGAAAAAGAGGAAUUUUUGAAAGUUAAAUCUGGACAUGAAGAGCAACUUGGUCAAUUAUAUGAACGCAUAGAAAAGUUUGAUAAAGAAAUUCAUCAUGAGAAAGAAAUCUCCGAUCAAAUAAAAAAGGAUAACAAGGAUCUCUUUCAGAGUUCAGAAACAUUGAAAAUCGAGAAGGAUAAUUUUGAAAAGAAGUAUAAGGAAGUUGCUACUAGAAUUACACAACUUGAAGAAGACAUAGUAACUGCCAAUCAAAAAGCGAUUGCAAAGGAAACUGAAUUGGAUAGCAUAAGGCACAAACUGAGGAGAUUAAUUGCUGAAAAAGAACAAUUAGAAUUACAAUUGAAGAAUGAAAAAGACGAGAAAGAGCUCUACAAGGUUCAUGCAAAGAAUACAGACAUUGAAAACACAAAGCUGGUAACAGAAAUGCAGUCAUUUAAAAAUCUUGAUGUAAAUAAAGAGAGCAUGCUGACCCAUUUCAAGGAAGAAGUAGGAAGAUUACAACAGUGCUUGUCGGAAAAAGAGAAAUUGCAAAAGGAAAUGCUAGUUCAUUCUUCCAACAUGGAUGAAGUAUCUAUUCUUCGUGAAUCGUUACGAAAAGCUGAGGAGCACCUGCAAGCGAGUGAGCAGAGAGUUGUCUUGAUGGCUCGGGAGCUUGCUGAUGCUUCUAAUGUUCGCGACAGGACAAUGGGUGAUCUGCAUAGCGCAAGAAUAAAAAUUGAUCUGCUAAAAAAGGAGUUUGCCGAUGCUGAAAAUAAGUAUACAGCAGAAAUACAAAUGCUAAGGGCUGUUUUAUCAAAAAAGGAGAAGGGUUUUUCUGUGGCUGGCUGUACUGUGGAACAAGAACUACAUAAAGAGGUUGAAGAUUUAAAACUUAGGCUUCAAAUGGCUGCAGAACAUUACAAAGACAAAUACAAGGACUGUCAAAAAUUGCAGAAGCAAGUUACCAAACUCACAGAGCAGUUGGAAGAGAAAAAAGAUGGACCAUUCUCUAACAAGCAGAAACUAACUGAUAAUGAAACAAAUACAGAUUCACCUCCAGUGUCUGCAGCAGAUUUUACUCAAGACACUUUUCCAGCGGCCAUGCCUGCUCCAUUCGACUACACAUUUGAUCUCUUGGUGCAAACGAAAAUCAGUAAAAUGAGUCAAGAAAUAAAUGAAAAAACAAUGAAGUUCAAGAAGUGCAAACAGAUGUUUGAUGAAGAGAGUGAAAGAAGUCAAGCUUUUGCUGAAGAACUGGCUCAUGUAAAAGAAAAAUUGAAGCAGCAGUUAAAAAUAAACAACGACCUAAAGCGAGAAGCUGUGGACGAUCUUCAGUACAAGGUUUUACUCUUGGAGAAAGAGCAGGAAAUACAGGAACUCAAAGCAAAAUUGACAAAAAUUGGCAAAGAGAAAGAAAUGCAGGAAGAGCUGAAGAAGGAAUUUUCACAAGAGGUGAGCAGGCAUGAUGGAGAAAGAGUCCCUGAAGAGGUCAUUUUACAAAAUUCAAAACACCAAGAUGAUCAGGAAAUACUUCAAUAUCCAAAUCCAUAUUCUUUGGACCCUCCCCUGGUGCCCAUUAAACAUCCUGGACUACUAUUUGGAAAUCCUUAUGCCGAGCCUGGAAGAGGUUUAGAUGCAGCAGCUGCAACACUUUAUUCUGAUGAGAUCCAUAAAGUAUCUGCAGGAAUCCACCCAUGGGGAUCGGAUAGUGCCGUGGUCUGCAGCCAACCCUCUCGUAACUUCAGUCGGCCAGAUGGCCUUGAGGACCCCGAAGAGCUUAUUAAUGAGGAUGAUGAUAAUAUGUCACCGCCAGGCAUUUCUGAUCCUCCAAGUUUCCUUCUACGUGAGCAAGGUGCUCACUUCUGCUUUACUUCAAGCAUUGAUCUUCACAAGAAGUGUCCACUUUGUGAUGUGGUGUUUCCCCCGAGUUAUGAUCAGAGCAAAUUUGAAGAACAUGUUGAUAGUCACUGGAAGGUGUGUCCCAUGUGCAGUGAGCAAUUUGCGCCAGAUUUUGACCAAAGUAUUUUUGAAAGACACGUCUUGACACAUUUUUCUGAAAACAUUCAGAGCUUUGAUUAAAUUGCAAAGCAUAUUUACCAUUUUUUGCUCUAUAACUAAAGUUGGUUAAUGUUAAUAAUUUAGCAAAUACACUAUAUCUUAUCACUGAAGGCCACUUUUAAGCAAGUAGUCUGCUGUAUUAUUUUAAAUAAUUUUCAAGCUCAUGAUUACAUUGCAUCAUAUAAAUAUAAUUUAAAUAUGUUAUUAGAAGCAUGAGAAUAAUCAUUACAAUGUUACCUAUUUGCAUAGUUACAUAGAAAACAACAGUAACUUUUUUGAACUCUUCUUGCAAUACUAUAGAUGAUAAUCUUGAAUUUGAUUGCAGUUUAUCUUUGUGUCAGCAACCAGAAGUACAAUUCCAACAUUUAAUCUAUUAAGGAUUCUGAAUUAUAUCGUGUUUCAGCUUUCAAAACCUCUGUAUACAGAUACUUAGUAGCCAAUUAGUUUAUGCUUGAGUUUGAAUUUUUUCUUUAUUCUAAAUUUAUAAAGGUUUAAAUGAAGUUUGAAUCUAUGAACAAUUGUAACUGAAUACAUAUUCUGUAAAACAAUUGCAUUUCCACUAAAAUAUUACAACCUCCUGUACCAUGAAUGUGAGAUUGAAUAGCCCUUUUCUGUAAAUGUCUACUGAUAAAUAUUUUACAAAUAAUUUUGCUAUGGUGUUAAGUCUAAGCAUAUAACUGAAUGUAAGUUUCAUUUCUCAAUAGUAAUGAUGUAUCCAGCUUUGUUUCGGUGAAAUUUCUCUUUGCAAUAAAGCCAGGUCUGCCUAAUCUA